CAGAUAUGAUGAAAAAAAUCUAAUCCAAGAGUGUUAUGGUGUUUGACACUAUAUCAUAACAAGUACAAAAAUUCAAGAAACCAAUUGCUUCAAUUGAAUUAGUUUUCAUCAUCAGCUACUACUACUGUGUGUGAGUGAGUGAGUGAGUAAUUAAGAGCUAGGGUGCUGGUUCUGUGGAAGAUCUCUCUAUAGCUCUUUCAUGCCGAAAGAUUCAUCAAUCUCAAGUUCUGACGAUGAUUCGGUUAUGUUCUUGGGGGAUGUUACACCCCAAGCUAACCGUAACCGUAACCGUUACUGUCGUGUGCGUCGACGUGUGCUUGAAGGUGACAACGGAAUACCUGCCAACCCUAACCCUAACGAUAAUCGUAGCCUAAUCGUUGGAGGUCAUGAUUUGCGUGCCAGGAGGACCGUGACGGGUAAUAACCAACCCAACCGUGACGGCAACGCUUCUGAAGAGAGUACUACAGCGGCUAAGAAGGCAGCAAGUCAAGCAAGAAAGAGUGGUGAUGCAAACUUUCAUGUCGGUGAGAGCAGCAAAAUCCAAAAGAGGAAGACGAAGAAGAGGGGGAGGAAGAAGAAGAAGAAGGAGAACGACGAUGUUUUGGAUGAAAUGACAAAUAAGUUACUACGCGCCGGUUGGGAAAUUGAGAUUGAUGAAAAAGAUGAAGAAACUGUUUUCUAUGAUCUGAAGGGGAGAGCUUAUACCAAUUGCAUCAUAGCUGCAUACGAGUGUUUGAAAAAGAAGUAUGAAGAGCGCAAAGGAAGAGGGAUCUAUUAUUUGAAGAAUUACAAGUUUACUCCCAUCAAGGAUGAUGAUUUCGAGAAGCUUCUGUCAUGGAAAGAUGCUAAGAAGAGGAAAAGAAAAGAUGAAGCUCAUGACCCAAACCCUAAUAAUAACAAUCGUAAUAAGAGGGGAAAGAAUAGCAGGAAAGACGCGAACAAGAAGAAGCAGAAACAGAAGGUGGAAACGAGCAGGAAAGGAAAAGAGAAGGUUGUUUACGAUGAAUCUGAUUCUGAUUCUGAUUCUGACAGGGAUCCAAAUGAUGACACGUGUCUUCUCUGUGCAAAUGCUCGAGAAGGCACUCUGGUUUGUUGCGACGGUUGCCCUUCUUCUUUCCAUCUGAGCUGCUUGAAAUUACCUGGGGUUCCACCUGGUGACUGGUACUGCAGUUAUUGCAGAUGCAAAUUUUGUGGGUUGAUGACUGGUGCAGCUGAUGAUCCUAUGUCACGCACAUGUUGCUUUUGCGAGCAUAAAUAUCAUAGGUUCUGUUCACCCAUGACUGGUGGUAUCGUGAUUGAUCUUUCAGAUAAUCCGUUACACUUUUGCAGUAACAAAUGCGAACAGUUGUUUGGGAGAGUUCAAGGGCUUCUUGGGGUCAAACAUGAAAUUGGAGAUGGGUUUUCUUGCACUUUUUUAUCUGGAUUUGAGAAUAAUCGUCCUACCCAACUUCCAGAAUGCCAUGACAAGCUGGUUAGGGCACUGAAAAUAAUGCAAGAUGGAUUCAAACCAGGAAUUGACCAUAGAACCGGGACAAAUUUGAUACAAAGUGUCUUGAAGGAAAAGAGUAGGUAG